GCCUGCCCACGUGUCUCCCCGCCAGUCUCCCGCCUACACCCUGGUGUGGACAAGGCAGAACCACGGGACGCUGCCCGAGGGCGCAGUGGACUUCAACGGGAUCCUGACACUGCGCGGGGUGCGGCCCCAGGACGCCGGGGUCUACGUGUGCACCGGCUCCAACAUGCUGGACAUGGACCAGGGCACCGCCACACUCUACGUCCAGGCAGCCUCGAAGACUCAGAUGUUUUACGGCCCCGUUGAGUUCAUGGAGGGGCACAGACCGGCCGGCACCGCCACCGCCCCCACCGCCAGCGUGGAGCCGGCGCAGCUGAGCGUGGCACCGGGGCAGCCGGCAGAGUUCCGCUGCGUGGGCACCGGCAGCCCCGCGCCCACCCUCGAGUGGCUCGGAGCGCUGCCGCCUCAGGCCGUGGUGCAGGGCGGGACGCUGCGGUUCGGCGCCGUGGAACCCGCCGACGAGGGGCACUACGAGUGCCGGGCACGCAGCAGCGCCGGGCAGCACACGGCACGGGGGUACCUGCACGUGCAAG